AGAAAACCAUGUAGAAAGGAGGUGAGGAUGAAAGAGGAGUUCAAGAAAAUUAGAGGAUUAGAAGGAGAAAAUAGGGAGUGAAUGAGAGGAUACAGAGAUGAUAGAGAGAAACAAUGCAACACCUCAAGAAAAUAAGUGGAAAGAGGCAAAUACAGGUCAACAAGUGCAGAAAAAAGAAGAGAAGGAAACACGAUGUGAGUGUUGAAAGUUAGAAACCUGCAGCAGAGAAAGUGGAAGGAAAAAGUGCAUUAAUUGGAGUUGACAAAAGGGAAAAAAAGAGUGGGAAAGAGGAGGAGAGAAGCUGAGAGAAGGGAGUGGAGAGGCAGCUGAGGGGGAGAGCUGGAAAAUAAAGAGUGUGACGGACGAGCUGAGGGCAGAUAUGAGGAGGAAAAACAGCAGAGAUGCUUCAUUCACCGUCGUGUUUCCAGAUGCUCUGAUGCUGUAAAAAAAAAAACCAAAAAAAAAAACUCCUGAGCUGCUGCUGCUACAAACUGAACGCUAUCAGGACGGAACAGGCAGCUGCCAAACCCACCGACACUCAUAAACACACUGACUGAUGCAGAGAGGAGGCAGCGUUGGACAUGAAACCUUUAUUGUGCUGGACUUGGUUUGACAGUUGGGAAUAACCGGUUCUUCGUGUUGCCAGUGUUUGAAGAUGAAGUGACAGCAGCUGGAUCUGGACCCUGACAGCUUCACAGCUUGGAUGUUUCCAUCGGACGAAACAGGACAACAAAAAUGUCGGUGAAGCUGCGAUUCGACUCCCCUUCAGAUGGCGGUUUGGUCCACAGGAGCAGAUCCUUCACCGGGUUCAGCUCUCUGACGGGUCGACGACGGCCGCCCUCUGCUCGUAACUCUCUUCGCUCCAAAGCCUCGACCGGAGGUAAAUCUCCCAGGAUGCACCUCUCCCCCCGCAGAGGUUCAGGAACUAUCUGGUCCAUGCAGCCGGAGCAGGUCGACAGGGUUUUCCAGGCUCUACGCAAAGGACUCAAUGAGUAUCUGGAGGGUCACCAGGCUGAGAUGGACUUUUUGUCUUCACAGCAGAGAGAAACCAAAAGGAAUUCCAGAUUGGCUUUUCUCUAUGACCUGGAGAAGGAGAUCAGAGCACUGGAGAGAUACAUACGACGAUUAGAAUUUCAAAUCAGCAAGGUGGAGGAGCUGUACGAGACGUACUGCAUCCAAUGGAGGUUGUGUCAAGGUGCUGUCAACAUGAAAAGAGCUUUUUCUCUGUCGCCGUCCAGCAGAGCGUCCAGAGAAAGUUUACUGGAGCUCGGCCGCAACCACCGACACAGUCUGCAGGACAUGUCGGCAAUGGAAGGAGAGCUAGAAAUCCUCCUCGGAGAGCUGCACAUCAAAAUGAAAGGUCUGAUCGGCUUCGCUCGGCUCUGCCCCGGAGACCAGUAUGAGGUGUUGGUGCAUUUGGGUCGCCAGCGAUGGAGGAUCAGAGGGAGGAUCGAGUCGGACGACACUCAGUCGUGGGAUGAAGAGGAGAUGGUCUUCCUCCCUCACAUACACCACAACUUCGACAUCAAGGUGACGGAGGCGAAGGGUUUGGGUUGGCUGCUGGUCGGCAUGGUGACGUGUGCAAGCGCCGACUUCUUUGUGGCCAGGCCUCAGCUGAUGCUGGUGGACAUCACCGAGCUGGGAACCAUCAAACUGCAGCUGGAGGUCACCUGGAAUCCCUUCGACAGCUCUGAGAAAAUGAGGCCGCUGUCCGUCAGCAAACAGUCGGUGUCGAGCAGAAAGAGUUCAGUCUACAGCUGGACGGCGCCGAGUACUCCGUCCUUCACCGAGAAGUACUUCAUAUCGAUGGUUCGAGAGCUACAGGAUCGAGAAGGUUCGUUACCAUCUCUGGUGUCUAAAAGUCGCCACAACAGAGGAGGAGUUUCACUGCUCAGCUACCUGUCCAACCCGUCGCACACCUCCAUCGCUUCCAGCAACAGCCCUCAGAGCCCCAACACACCGAACCUGACCAGGGCUCACAGCUACCCGUCCAGCCCCAGUCGAGGCACCAGUUUCGGGGGAAGUCAGACUCAGCUGUCCCUGGGAGAGGAAGAAUCUCUGGAGGAGCAGGAGGAGAGGAAGAGGAUGCAGGAGAAGGAGAAGGAGGGAGAAGAGUGGGGAGGUGAGACGCCUUCUUCACCAGAGGAGAGUAAAACUGGAUCCCUUCAGGCCUUACAGAGAUCCAGCACUCCAGACAUCCUCAGAAAGAACACAGAACCAGAACCCGAGAAACAAAGUGCAAUCCUGGGUCAGGACUCUGUCAGUGUGCAGGACUCUCCAGACUCUCAGACAUAUUCUGCCCCAGUUCCAUCCUCUCAGCCUCCAGCUGGAUCUCUGUCUUCACCGCCUCCAGCUGAUCCAGCUCCGGGGAGGCCGGUGGUCAGUGGAGCCCAGCAGAGAGCUCAGGCCAUCAGGCUGGGAGCUCUGGUAGCAGAGCUGGAGAAAAGUCUGCAGGACAAGAGCUGCUCUGACAAGGAGAUGAGAGCUUUGGACCACCAGGUCCUACAUCUGGCUACAAUACUGAAGAAUGACCUCUCCAUGUUGAAGAGCUCCUCAUCAGAGGAGACUCUGGCUGUGGAGGAAGUCCUCGGCAGCUUCGACUUCCUGUCACAUGACUUCAAUGCUGAUGACGACACUUCCUGUUUGGGCAGCCUGAGACUAAAAGACAGCGGCAUCAGUUCGUUCCAGCAGAGCACUCUGAGGAGCCUCGGCCUCCUCUCUGAGGACAGCCAAUCAGCUUCUGAGGAAGACCUCGUCAUCGCCCCGCUGACUUCUGGGAACUGGGGUCUCGACCAGGCUCUGGAGACUCACCUGGACAUCUGCUGCAUCCUGCUGCAGAUGAUCAGGACGACCGACUUCGCCCCGUCCAGGAGGGAGCUGCUGCAGGAAGUGUCUCUGCAGGCUGAAGUCCUGGACAGAGUGAGCUGCCUGCUGCUGGAGAAGACUGACAGCAUCACCGCUAGAGACAUCCUGCCGAAGGCCCAGAGAACGAGGGAUCUUCUGCAGUUCUGGGAGGAUUGUGUCAACGAUAGCGGCUCGCCUUUCUGUUGCCAUGCCGACAGCUUCACCAGGACGCUGAAGAAAUGCUACACCCACAAGGUGAAGGCCAAGCAGCCCGGACAGUCAGAGAAAGUGUUUUCUCAGCUCCUGCAGCAGGUGCAGGCCUCCUGCCGGAUGUUGCCCAGCUGCCGGUCGGUCUGCAGCCCAGACAGAGUCUCCCUCUUCCAGCUGUCAGUGUAUCUGAAGCGCUGGAGCUUCCUGGAGCUCGGAGAUCACAUCUCCCGCCUCUCCAGAGAAGAGUACCUCCUCUCGGCCCUGCGGAGCCCCAAAAGGAGGCGGACUUUAAACAAGCUGAGGGGGCGGAGCCUCUCAGAGCUCCUUCCACUGGGAUGCACCCUGCAAACACUCGCCUCCCUGCAGAUCGAUUCCAAUCACAAAGUCUGCAAAGCUGCCGCCAACUGCCUCUGCAGAGCCGCCGGCUACAAGAACUUCAGGAGUAAAGCGUUGGUUUACUACACGGAGAGUUUGAAAAGCAGCGAUGUUCAGAUCCAGCAGGGCUCUUGUCUGGCUCUGAAAUGUCUCAGGGCGACGGAGAGUGUCGACCACAUAGCAGAUUUAUGGAGAUCAGCAGAUGAAGAUCUUCGUAGCGCCGCCAGAGAGACUGUCAUCUCCUUUGGUAAAAAAGGCUACCAGGCAUUCCAGAAGAUGGACCAGCUGGACACUGAGAUGCAGGAGGAGGCUUACCAGAACCAAGAGACUGAGAUUACCAUUUUAUAGGAAACAGCCUCAAUGAUGUCGAGUGUCAAGGAGAGAGACUGAGUUUAAACCAAGUUUGUGCCUGGGCUCAAAUGAGUUGUUCUACUUUCUGGAAAACCUUCUGACAAAUCAUGUAGCUACAAAUCCCAAAGAAACAAGUGCAGAAGAUCUAAUGAAGGUGGCUUCAUCUUCCUCUGGAUGGAUCUUUCACUCACUGAUGUAGGAGUUUUGUUUCAAAGCCUCAUUAUGUAUUAUCUUACUGAGAACUUGAAUUUAUGUUUGUCAGAUUUCUACAGUUUUGUUUAAAGAUGUUCUGUCGCAGCAUCACUUUGUAAUUUAACCUGAUUUUCCAGUGUUGGGACUUUUGUUCAACAACCAGUCUGCAUGGUUAUUUUUAUUGGAAAAUGAAGGAUGAAAAUAUUAUCUCACAUAUUAUGAUAAGUAUGUUGGUGAGGAGAAACAAAGAGCUAAAAUCCAAAAUAUUACAUAAACAUUCAACCCAGAAGGACUAAAUAAAUCCAGAAUAACGGCUCUAAACUGUGCCUCUCCAGCCUGUGAAUGUUGAAUUUUAAUAGAGGAACAAAUGGCUACUGAAAUAUUUCCACAAAUCGGAGCUCAGACAUUCUAGCUUGUUCUUUUUCAUUUUAGGUAUACAGAGAUGCAGACUGACGUUGAUAGCAGCAAACAUCAUGGCUGAAUUGCUUUUAACGUUAGCAGAAAAAGCAACGUUGACUGAAAAUGUGCUAAAACCAACCCAGCAAAUUUCCAUCAUGAACGUUUUCUUCAAUCUGCAAACAAGAUCAUGUUUCUUUAAGAACUCCUGACGGUACGUAAUAGAAGUUCUUGGCCCAACAUAACUUCAGUGCACUUGGUCCACCGAUGUGCAUGUCUUGCUGUGCCUUCGGAAUAAUCUUGAGCCUCCAGAUACUCCUCAGCAACAUGCACGACUUUAUCGUUGAUCUGACAGCAUGCAUGACUACAUCAUCACUCUGAAAAUGGCGACCGCACAAGUGAGAGUUCAGUUUAGGAAGCAGAAGUCAGACAGUGCAGGAUGGUUGAGUAAGGUUCAUCGGGGAAACAGUUUGGCUGCUUCUGUCACCUGUUAGGAUGGACACGUUGACCUGGAGCAACGGCAGCCACAUCCAAGCUUUACUCUCCUUGCUUGUUUGAGUUGUUGUGGAGAGCAAAGGCUUUCAAGUAUACAAUUAUCCCUCAAAAUGGGAGUAACACCCCUUGUUUCUGCAUUUCCAUCAAAGGAACCAGGGUCUAUAGGAAGUCCCAGGUUGUUUUAAACUCCCUGCUCAGAUGUAGGUAUUCUUUAAGGCAAAUUCAAGCUUUUUGUGUCCAUUGUGUCUGCAAAACAUGCAUUUUGUCAUCUACCCAAGUCCAUAAGGCUGUGCAUGAAUCUCUCUGCAGACAUUUGCGUGCAGCCUAAACUUUGCACGACUAUACGUACUGCAAAUGUUGUCCAUGCUUUUAUAAUUACAUCAGUUAAAAGAGUUGUAAUUGAAGUAGUCACUGCAGAAACGCAGUAGGAAAUUCUAAAUUCUCCAGUAGUCCUGUGCUGCGACCGCUUUCUCAGAAAGACUCCCACUGGCACCAUGCUGUAGUACAAUCUGUAAAUAACUGCUAUGUCCUGUAAAAAGUGCAAAGUCGCAGGUUCAUAGAAACCUCCAUAGCAGCCCCAAGUGUUUUCCUGUGUUCAAUAUGGCAGGAAAUGUAGCCAUCUCUGAGGCAAAUGACCGCAUACCGGUUGUAACGUUAACAGCAUGCAGGCAAAAGGGAAAUAAGGAUGUUCAAUGACGACAAUCGUUUGAGUUUUUGUGGAUGGUGAAGGCUUUAGAGUAUAUAGUUAUCAAAAUGGGAGUUACACCACUUGUUUCUGGUUGGAACUUUUUGACGUACCCUCAUAAUUUGAAGUGUACACACUAGGGUUGGAGUGACUACUCGUAACAGUCAACUACAACUAGGUAGCACCCGACAACUCUGGUAAUUCAGAUAGUAUGAUUUUCCUAUAUUAUUCCUAUAGUUCUAUAGCAUCAAUGUUCAUUUUACAUUGACUACUUGAUGUCUACAUUUCCACUGUGGUUGAUUUGCCCCCACACUUGAACAAUUAAUGACUUUAUCUUCCAAGAGUCAGGAAGUUUCAAGACUAUUAAUCAGUUUCCAACAAAUAAAUUAUUGCAGAAAAUAAAGGACCAAGUCUCAAUAAGUCCCAAAUAGAUCUGAACUUAUUAAUUUACGGUCUAAGUUAGUUGACAACUAAUGGUGUUGGUGGUAAUAGUAAGGUUAUAUGAUCAGUGUGCAGGCAGGUGCUGCCCUCUGCUGGCUGCUCCACUAAACUGAAAACAUCCAUUUGUGGUUCAACCGACCUAAAACCUCUCAGAUUUUGGUUUCUAAUUACCAUUUAUGACGUCAAUAAAACUUUGCGGGAGGAAAAUACGUUUUAAUCUGUGACAAAAUGUAAGCGUCUGUGUCAAAUGUGGUUUUUCAAGAUAACUCUGCAUCAUGUUUAGCAACAUUUUGGUCGUAAAUAUGUUAGAAGAAAAAAUCGAAUCUGUUCAUUUACUCAUUGGAAUUAAAUCCGAGGUCAAAAUGUUCAGCAUACCAAAGCUCUCGUGUUGGAAACCCAGCGGUGAAUCAAUUCAAGUCUCACAAGGGAUGCUUUAAUACAGAGCAGCAGGGAAGAUGCUUUAUCUUUAUUUUGUUUUUACAUAAUCAGAUGCAGAGUCAGAUUAGCUCGUAAAAAACAAAACCGACAAAAUGUUCUACAUAUAAAUAAGAACCAGACUCUUAACUAUGGCCUCCUCUUGCACGGACACAUGGUUCAGGAUUUGCACUUUAAAAAAAGAAGGUUUAAACACUUGAAGGAUUUUUCAACACAUUUUUAACACUUUACUUUUCCUGAAAUCAACCUAAUUAGUUCUAACACCUUUUAUUUGGUGAUUUUCCAGACGCUUUUGCUAAAAUCUCUAAAAAUCUAAAUGCUUUCAAGGUUGCAAUGAAGGAAAAAGAGACAGAAAGGAAUGUAGAGCUGAGGGAGAUUUGUAAGAAAAGACGGUAAAUGAAGGUGUGAAGGGAUAAAUAUCGAGGAGAUGCAAGAUGCUUCGUUACACAUACUAACUCAUGCAUCUUAAAUUUUGACCUGAUGAUGGUGCUACAUGGAAACUGAUGAUUCAUUUUGCAGGUUUGUGGGACUUAUGGAGAUGGAAACUUGUCUUGUUUGGUCCCAGCUUUGUGCCAAACUGUGGUUUUAAUAAAUAUGUAUCAUAGUAACUGGAUGUAUUUCUUAUUGAGAUGUGUAGUGGGGACUUAUGUGAGAAAUAAAGGCUCAACAACCUGUA